AUUCCAGCCUGGUGACUCAUAGCAGAUGUAAGCCUCAACUCUGCAGAAUUUAAUAGCAAAAACAAUCGCAGAUUGGGAAGGGCUCUGGAAUUAUUUGCAUCAGCUUACGAAGAUUUAACAACUUUUGAGUUCUGUCCAGAAGUUAAAGCUUCCAAAAUGAAGAUUUUGAUAAUCAUUGAUUUUGUCCUUGCAGCUAGCUUGAUGGAUGUCAUUGGCAGCUCUGAUUUACAGAAAUGUUUUCAAGAGCAGCUACGACUUCAGGGCCAGGUGAGGCUUCUGGAACAUCGUGUGAAACAGCAGAAGUUAAAAAUCAUACAGCUCUUAGAGAAGAAAGAGAUUCAGUACAGUGACAGAGAAGAUGAAAACAGUGUCAUUGACUUGAGAGGAAAAAGACAGUAUUCAGAUUGUGCAGAAAUCUACAAUGAAGGCCAUAAGCAGAAUGGAUUUUAUAAAAUAAAACCAACCCAGAGUCCUAGAGAAUUCCUUGCAUUCUGUGACAUGUCUGAAGGAGGUGGCUGGACUGUGUUUCAGAGACGUUCUGAUGGCAGCCAGAAUUUUGAUAGAGUCUGGGCUGACUAUGAAGAAGGCUUUGGAAAUUUUGCUUCAAAAAAUGGUGAAUUUUGGCUUGGAAACAAAAAUCUUCAUUAUUUGACUAGUCAAGGAAAUUAUACUUUAAGAAUUGAUCUAACCGAUUUUGAAGGAGAACGGCGUUUUGCACAGUAUGCAAGAUUCAGAGUUGCAGGAGAAGAGCAUUCUUAUGAGAUGAGUUGUGGUGAAUACUCUGGCACAGCUGGUGAUUCCCUUGCUGGUGGAUUUCAUCCUGAAGUAAAAUGGUGGGCUGAUCACCGAGGAAUGAAAUUCAGUACUAGAGACAGGGAUAAUGACAACUAUGAAGGGAACUGUGCUGAAGAGGAAAAGGCUGGCUGGUGGUUUAACAGGUGUCACUCUGCCAACCUGAAUGGUUUGUAUUACAGAGGUCCCUACACUGCCAAGACAGACAAUGGGAUUGUUUGGUACACCUGGCAUGGGUGGUGGUAUUCCCUAAAAUCCGUUGUCAUGAAGGUCAGACCUGCAGACUUUGAACAUAGUAUUGUUUAAAUAUUCUAUUAACACUAUUAAUCUCUUAGGAUAUUAAUUCCAAAUUAAAAUGGGCAUAUUUUUACUUCUCUAUGUAUGUAUAAAUUUGGAAUAAUUCCUCUGCAACUAGUAGUUUUAUGACAUGUACAUAAAAAGACAAGCUAGGCUAUGAACCUUUAGAUAAAUUAAUGCUAAUGGGUCCAGUUUGAUUCUUUUUAAAAAAGGCAAGUGUUCACCUAGGAAUAAGAACAUCUUCAUUAAGAUGGAGAAUUUUUUGCUUUACAGUAACUCCAAAUCCUUUCACCUGUAAAAACAGAAGUAUUGUUAUUGUGCUGUCUCAAAAAUGAAAAUUAAUUGUACUUACACAAUUUUAAAAAACCCCUACUCAAAUAGAAGCAUGAAGUUUACUCAGUGGAUGGAACAUACCUGCUUUGGAAAGGUUCAAGACUUUAGAAAUGAGUUUCCUGUAAAUCUCUGAUGUAAUGGUUGCACGUGUUGUGUACAUAUCAUACAUAAAAGGUUUAAAGAAGGAGGCAGGGAACUGAAGAAAGAGAAGGGGUGCUACCAUGGUACAAUCAAUUGAAUCCAGCACAGAGAAGUGAUUACCUGUUGUUUGCUGGAGCAUUUCUAGGGCUAGUCCCAACAUCUCAAUCUAACAUUUUUACAUUGUUGGUAAUUAAGCUUUUCUCCUUCUUGGUCACUGUAAUGCCUUGCUUUUCCUUUUCUUUUUCCUUUUUCUCUUUUCCUUUUCCUCUUUUUCUCUUUUUUUUUUUUUUCUUUUUCUUUUUCUAAGGACUGUAAUAUACUGAUAUUUGGAGUUUUAACAAAAGCUGCAACUAAUUUUAAUGUGAGCUAAACUUUGAACAGAAGGCAUGUGUAGAGAGAAGUGUAUUUCAUGUACUACAAAAAUCUGUCUUUUUAAAGGUUCUUAGUGCUUGACACUACAAAUCUCUACUUUCUUUUUCUUUUUUUUUCUCUACUUUCUUUUUGUAUCUGUUACACUUUACAACUCCCUAAAUCUGAAUGUCCUGUUCAGUCACUCCCUCUCCUUUUCCUUUGUACUUGUCUAGGCUCUCCAGGCUUUUUUCCAUCUUGAGCUGCAUAUCCAUAUUUUUCUUGUACAAGAAUAAUGGUCUUUUGUGUCUGGCAGUACAAUAGACUUGAAUAGCCAGUAAUAACAAGAGUUACUAAUUAAUGCUUGCUGCCAUGGAGAAGAUAGGAAUACUCUCUGGAAAGCUAUCCAAUAAAAUGUAGUUCAUUUCUGCUGGGCAGAUGCAAAUGAAGACUUCAGGAAAAAAAAAAAAAAAAAAGAAAAAAAAAGAAAAAAAAAAAAAAAAAGGACCUGAUCUUGCUUUCCUAAAAUUAUUUUGCUUUUGUAGUUGAAUUGCACUCUCUGUCCCCCUGUGCAAAUACAAUUUUGAACACAGCAGCCACUUUCAAUCAUUGAAAAUUUUAAUUGAAACUAAGUUUUGGUAAAGGUCAGUUGAUAACCACAUUGCUAUGAACACAGGUCAGCUCAAUGGUAACUCUCUGCAUGGCAAUUUUUCCAUCAAUUUUCAUCCUCCCGAAACAAAAGUUUGUAAAGAAUACUUGAGAGAAUUGCAUGGAAUGAGGGAGGGAGGAUGUUUGGAACAACUAGGGGGGAGGAAAGAGAGUUCUUAUGAAACAAUCUCACUCAAAAAGAUAAAUCAUGUUACACCAAAACGAAACAAAAAACCAACCAACCAACCAAACAAAAAAAAAAAAAAAGUGUGAAGAAAAAGCAGCAUUCAGGCUGCCAAAAUCAUGUUAUAAUGUAAAAGUUGUGCCAAUGAAAAUCUGCAGUAUAGAGGUUUUAAGGUCUCUUCUUUUCAUGGUAAUACCAGAUGUUCUAGAUAAUCCAGUCUUUUUCUUGACAUAUCAAUUGAUACUGUGCUGGAGGUUUCUAGCCUUUAGCACAUCCCUUUACCCAUGCAUGAGAGGACCAGCUCUACAACUGCUUAUAUUGAAUUUUGUUUAAUUAGUGACACAAAAUUACAUUUGGUAUCUGAGAGGAAGUCCUAUCACCUGAUAUGUGUGUGUGUGUCAGAGGGGAGGGGGUGGGAGGAAAGUAAAGAGAGAGAUAAAGUGAGAGAAAUUCAGCAUGAAAACAAAAAAUCUGAUAAAAUGUUUUUAUUCAGUUUUAUUACAGAGCUUCAAUUGGGUUUCUAUGUAACUCUGCAAAUGUCUCUAGGUAUGGGUUAUUAAUAAUGUAAUAGAAGUUUUGGAAUAUUUUAAAAAAAUGUUGUAAGUCCAGUAUUUCCCAUAAUGAUUUUCAAAUUCUUUUUCCACUCUAAGAGGAGAAAGCUUUAAUUAUUUGGAAAAAAAAAACAAACAAAACAAACAGAAUGCCAUGAUGUAGAAAUUGUAAAAACAUCUUUAGUUUUUCACAGGAAAAUGGAAAGAUUAACUCAUGAAUUUGGAGAGUAUCAAGGCAGAUCAUAUUCCACCAAAAUAAAAGACAAGGAGGAUUUAUAUAUAGGAAAGUUUGAUCUUUAGCAUACACACUCAAAAAAAGACUUUCAAAAUGUACAGAUUGUGCUUAUAAAAUCUAUUAUAGUUUUUUUUAUGUACUGCAGCAUAAAUCCAUCCUCUUUAUUUAUAAGAACCCUAAAGAAAUCUUCUGGCUGAGUUAGGGUGCUUUUGACAUAUUCUGAUAAAAAAUUUGACUCCUUUUCUGUACUGUAAAUCAUAAAAUGAAGAUUAUUCAAAUCUGUCUGUACAUCUUCUAAUGCACUUAUAUGUUUAUUUGGACUGAAUGCUCUUCAGAAUAAGGAAGCAUCUUGCAUACUGUCAGCAAUAUACAAAUACUGUAUUUAAUUUCCACCACCUUUCCAUGGCUCUUUUUUUUGUGCAAUAAAUCUUUCUGACCACAUGAAAAGCA